AUGACAACAAGUACAAGAAACUCAAGAAGGAUAGGUUCAAUCAUUAAAAGAAAAAAAAUUAUACAUAAGAAGAAACCCCCACUACAUCAACAACCCUCAACUGAAUUGAACAAUAUCUUUAAUAAUACAAAAUUUAAAGGUUUUAAAAAAAGGAAUAAGCAUGUGCCCACUACUGCAAAUAUUUACAGCACCUCAAAUAAUCAAUUAAGUGUAUCAAAGUACUCUCCUUCUCUACUCUCUUUACAUAACUCUCUAUAUGUUUUUAAUACUAUUGUAAGAUCUGGUUCUCUAUUAAAGUUUGAUCACGUUUGGCACAUUUUACAUUUUCAAUUGUUGUCACAAUUUCAAAUUUAUUGUUUAGUUGUUGAUCAUAAUGAAAUGACAAAAAAUAUUAUUCUCUACAAAAAUAAUAAUAAUAACAAUAAUGCCAAUAUUACUCUGCCCACUACUUUUGCCAAAAUUGCAAUAAACUCAAAUUCUUUCGUCCAUCUCUAUGGCAACGUCAAUUGGUAUUUACAUUGGAGACCUUUAUAG